GUUAUUGGAUUCUAAUGGAUACAAACACAGAGGAAAUGGAGUAAAGCGAAUUGCUGAUCUAAAGAAGGAAUGACAAGUGUGAAAAGUUAUAUGGUUUGAGAUGUCUGAGCCCACGUUCCUGCGUCAGCAGGUGGAAAUGCAGGUGGAGUUUUGGUGGUUUGCUGAGCCUUGUAUGUCCCUGCUCUGCUACUCCUCUUCAGUUGCCUUGGUGCUUAGCCUUGGCAUAGGCGGUGUGGCACUCCUGUCCUCGGCCAGCUCCUCAGCAGCAUCCUCUGCCAUAUGGCGCCUCACCGUGGGCUCUGCACUUUGCCUCCUUGCACUGGUUCUUGUCCUUAAGCAGCUGCUUAGCUCAGCUGUUCAGGACAUGGGUUGUGUGCACAAUUACAGACGCAUCAUGCAGCUGCGCAGUGGAGGAAGCACUGACCCUCUUUUGAUGCUAGCUGUUGGAUUGGCACUGAUGUUGUGUGGUGUUACAGUGCUGCUGGGAUUGGGUACAUCAGACAUGCUGCUGUGUGGGAUGCUUCUCCUGUCCUGUGGAAGUGCUGUGGUGCUGAGUGUGGUGGUCUAUGGUGUGGUAGUAUAUGUGUGGGGACGGAGGGAAAGGAGAAGGAGGAUACCAAGGAGGGUGAGAGUGUAUACAGUGUCCAGACAGAGAAGUCAUAUGUGGAGAGACUCAGCUUUUAGUCAAGCUGGUUUGAUAUGAGAGGAAUCACCAAAGGCUUUUUGGACAUGAUUAAUGCAAGUACAAAUUUUAAACACUAAAGUAUUUGCAUCGUUUUUGUUUUCUAUUUAGAAUUUGGGAAUUGACUUCCAAUAAAUGUCCCUUUGAAAACAUAAAUAAUCCAGUACCA